AUGGCCAUCUUUGACCGUUUAUUUCGAAACAAGGGCCAAGAGGCCCCGGUAAUCGUCGACGAAGAGGCCAAGGGCCCUCACUUCACUGUAUUUUCCAGCCCAGAGUCGUCUCAUCCCAACAGCGAGACUUCAUCCGGCUUUACGACCCCGACGGAAGAGAAGAGCCUCGCGCCGCUGGGGCAAUGUCCCGAGAUCGGUCGGCUGGCCUCCUGGCGAGGCGCGUUGAUCCUGCUGGUGACCUCGGGCUCCCAGUUCCUCGACAAUGUGUACAUGACCAGCGCCAACGUCGCGCUCUCCUCGAUCCAGAAGGACUUUGACGUGAGCAGCACCAACCUGCAAUGGAUGAUCUCUGCAUACACCUUGACGUUUGGCGGGUUCCUGCUUCUUGCCGGGGUUCUAUCCGAUCGAUACGGCCGGAAGAACAUUCUGUGCAUCGGCCUAUUCUGGCUGUCCGUCUGGACCCUGGCGAUCGGAUUCGGGCAGUCCUUCAUCUCGCUCACCAUCUUUCGCGGCCUGCAGGGCAUUGGCGCGGCGAUGACGGUCCCGUCCGCGAUCGGGAUCAUCAGCGCCUACUUCACGGGCGUGGAUCGCACGCGCGGCCUCGCCAUCUACGCUUCCUCGGGAACCGUGGGGUUCUGCGUCGGGCUCAUCUUCGGGGGGUUUCUGACUUCAUCGCUGGGGUGGCGGUACAUCUACUACUUCAUCGUGAUCAUCACGGGGUCGCUGUGCAUCCUCGGGGCGGUGGUGCUGCCCCGGGACAUCAUGCCGAAGGAGAAGCCCCAGAUGGAUUUCGUGGGCGCGUCGAUGUCGACGGCGGGGCUGAUCCUGCUGCAGUUCGUCCUGUCGAGCGGCGGCACCUACGGCUGGAGCCAGCCGUUCAUCAUCGUGCUGCUGAUCCUCGCGGUCGCGCUGCUGGUCGCCUUCACCGUGCUGCAGAGGUUCAUCGCCUACCCGCUGAUGCCGCUCGGGCUGUGGAAGAUCCCCAACUUUGCGGGGCUGUGGAUCGCGGGCUUCACCUGCUACGGCAGCUACCAAAACGUGAUCUACUACAUCGUCCUCAUGGCGCAGGAAGUCGACAAGCUGUCCGCGGGCCAGACGGCGCUGCGCUUCCUGCCGAUGGGGGCGAUCGGCUUCGUCGCCUCGAUGGGCACCGGCAAGGCGCUGGAGUACGUGAACGGGAAAUACACCCUGCUCGCCGGGCUGGUCCUGACGGUGGUGGCCCCGAUCCCGAGCAGCAUCACCGCGAGCCCUGAGUCAAGCUUCUGGACCAACGUCUUCCCCACCUCCCUCAUCAGCAUAACCGCCGUCUCCCUCAUCUUCGUCACAACCAGCACCUGCAUCCUGACCACCGUCCCCAUCAACGUCAAGUCCCUGUGCGGCGGGAUGCUCAACACCGCGUUCCAGAUCGGCUCCGGCGUCGCCCUCGCCAUCUCCGCCGCCGUCACCGAGGCGGUCGACAUCGAGAAGGGCCACGACCUCGCCCACCAGUACUCCACGGGGCUGUGGUGCUCCGCCGGCCUGGCCGGGUUGGGGCUGCUCGUGGCGCUGUUCUCCGUGCGUCGGAGGGGCAUCGCGCCCGAGAACCGGGUGGAUUCGGUUUGCGCGAUUUGA